UUGGCUGACUUGGGCGUUCCGAGUGGCGCCGGGGAUGAAUGGCGUGCGGGUAGCGGUGCUGGGCAGCGAAGGGACGGGCAAGUCCGCCCUUACGGUACGCUUUCUGACUAAGCGUUUCAUUGGAGAAUAUGCCUCCGAUUCUGAAUGCAUUUAUACAAAACAUUUGUGUCUGGAUGGAAAGCAAAUUAACUUGGAAAUAUAUGAUCCUUGUUCCCAACCUCGACAAGGGAAGCUCUUGCUCACAGAUGAACUCCAGUGGGCAGAUGGAUUUGUUGUUGUCUAUGACAUCAGUGACAGAACUUCAUUUGCAUUUGCAAAAGUGUUGCUGUACAGGAUCCGUGAGCGCCAUGCAGGAGCUUGCAAAAGAGCAUCGGAGUGCACUGUUGUUUUGGUUGGGAACAAGCAAGAUCUGUGCCACAUACGAGAAGUUGGUUGGGAUGAAGGACAGAAGUUGGCCCUGGACUACAGAUGCCAGUUUUGUGAACUGUCAGCUGCAGAACAAUGCCAGGAGGUGGGAGCUAUGUUCACCAAAGCAUUGAAGAGCCUCACUGCUCAUUCCAAGGGGAAGGAGAAGAGGCGGCCCAGUGGUUCAAAAUCCAUGGCCAAACUGAUCAACAACAUGUUUGGGAAGAGGAGGAAGUCUGUUUAGUGGGAGACCCACCAGAAAUGGGCAGGGAGAAAAGACACUCUCUCAUACACACAUAUAUAUGCACAUGCACAAAGGAUCUAGUCCACAUGAAGAUCUUACCAUGUCUCGCAAGGAAGUCACAGAAAUGAUUGACUUAUUCCCACCCGGAAUUGCAAAGCCAUCGCUUAAGUCUAGUCUCUUGGUGACCCUCAUGGGAAUAUAGUUUUUCAUUGAAAUAGGUUGACUUUAGAUCAUACUAAAGUUUUGUCUAUGGUUAUUAAGGAGUGGACUGUAAGUUAAUCACCAGGAAUCUUAAUUGGAUCCGGGCAGGCGGUAUUAAUAAUCCCAGGAAAGAUAUGUGGUGCAGAGUCUAGAUUAUGGUAUUCUUGAUCUCAACAACAACAAAGCUGUUUUGGUCUGUGAGAGAGGAAGGCAGGCAGGCCAAAAUUUACAAUUGGAAAAGGUUUUACCCAAGCACCACAAAAGGGCCCUGACAAAGCAGGAGGAAAGGAAGAACAUCUUAAACUGUUAGCAUCUUUUCCAGAUCUGUUGUUAAACUUUCCUAUCAAUUUAAGCAUGUGCUUUCCUGGCUACAGUUCCUUUCAUUAGUUAGGUUGUAAGAGACUUGGGGAGAGAUUAAAAUCUGCUUAUAGUCAUAUCACCUCAUUCCUUUUCCAGCUUUUGGCUAUAAUCAACCAUGUGGCAGAGCCCUAUCCCACAUAAUCAGUGUUUCCUUCUAAUAUAUUUUACUGCCUUUUGCACAACUUAAGUGCAGAGACAGGGGCUUCUUGCUAAGGCUGGUCUUACAUUAAAUAUUGUAAAACUACUGAGAGACUGGUGACUUUUUAGGGAAACCGGGGGACAGAAUGUAGCAUAUGGCUAAGCAAGCUUGUAAAAAAUCUGAUCUCCACCUCUUGCUGUUUUUCCUGCUUGUGGGUAACAUAUAAAGAGAAGCUUUCUGCAUUCCCACAGUAGGAUGUAAAAUGCAUUUGGAAAUUUGGACUGUUUCACUCUCCAAAAUACGCAACGCUGCCCUUUGAGGUGACCGAUAAUAAACAGCAUUCCAAUUUAUGCUUUUUUGAGAAAGUGGGGAGCAGCUUCAGCACGAACUGGCAAAGUAUAUUUUCUGUUCAUUUUCUCUCUACGCAGGUUCUUUCUACAAUGAAAUUGGUCAGUACAGCAUAGUGAGGGAUUUGCAUUAGUUUUCAUCACUGCUGCUAUUAAGACAGUUCUCAGCCCUCUGUGCUGAAAAUAGCCAAUGUUACCGAGAGUUCCACUUGCAGAGGGAAAAAUAAAUUAGACCACAUUUUGAUUUCA